ACUGCCAACUAUUGAAUGGAAUUUGUGUCAUCUCUGGCUCGCUAAAGUUGCCGGACUGCUGCACUAAACAGCUGUUCGAAUUUCGGCGGCAUUUCAUUUCAUUGGUAAUUGUAAUUUUUUAACGAAAACAUGGUAAAAACUAAGGGAAACAAAAAGAAAUUCGGCAUGCAUCCACGUAACGUGUUACGCACGCAGCCCGACUAUACCAAACUGGCUAUCAAAUACAAAGAUUUCCGAGCGCAGUGCCAAUUGGAGCUCAAUGGCAAAGUUUCUGUGAACUUUCGCAAUGAAAAGACGCUUCGCGAGUUGACCAAAAUGCUGUUAAAGGAAUACUACGAUUUAGAUGUGGAUUUUGCACCCGGCAGUUUGGUGCCCACUUUGGCACUCCGUUUGAAUUACAUUUUGUGGCUGGAGGAUCUAAUGGAACCUCUAAAUUUGCAGGACAUUCGGGGUAUAGACAUAGGUUGCGGUUCCUCCUGCAUUUAUUCACUUCUGGGAGCCAAGAAAAAUGGUUGGCACAUGUUGGCUCUGGAAUCAAAACCCCAAAACAUAGAAUACGCCAUCGAGAAUGUAAAGAAAAAUCACCUGGAAAGCCUUGUAGAAGUCUAUGCACAACCAGACAAGACGAACAUCUUUAAGAGCUAUUUUGAGCAGGAUCAGCAAAAGUUACAGUAUCAGUUUUGCCUGUGCAAUCCACCUUUCUUCGACUCAAACUUACCAAAUCCCUUUGGCGGCAAUACCAGGAAUCCCGAGAGACGACCAGCACCCAACAAUGCCCGAACUGGAAGCCAGGAGGAACUCACCUGCGUGGGCUGCGAGGUACAGUUUGUGCAACGCAUCAUAGACGAGAGUCUGGAAAACAAGGAGCGCGUGCGAAUCUUCACCACGAUGCUGGGCGUCAAGGCCAACGUUCCAAGAAUACUGGAUUACCUGAAGAAGCUGCAGGUGGCGAAUGUCACCACCACGGAAUUCCAUCAGGGACACACGACUCGGUGGGCGGUGGCCUGGAGCUUCCACUCGGAGCCACUAAGGCAGGCUACAUCAUAAAAUUAAGUUACCAUAAGCUUUUGCAGAGUAUCUUGCAGUUGGUAGGGGCUGUGUGGUUGUACAUAAGAUUUGUUAUAAGAUUUCUUCAAAGAUUUUAAUAUAAUAGGCAUAUUAUUUAAUAUAUAAGUACGUUUUUAAAGAUUUCUUGAAACUCAAGAACUCUGACCUUCACACUGGGCUCAUUCCAAAAGUGACUCCAUUGCAAGGUACCUAGAAAGCUUUUGCCUUAAAUGGAAAUUUGCAUGUCAACGGUCACUUUGCCACCCAGCUCCACGAACGGAAAUUAUCGUUUCGCUUUUAUCAUUGACCACAGCUGACCACACACUUCGACGGAAAAAGGCAAACGGAGUCAGAAUGGCAACCGAAAUGGAGGCAAACACGCUCACUAAGCACAAGUCAGCAUACCGACAAUUCCACACCUUUGAGUCGGGGAAUUCGGGCGCUUCGCCUGACCACCAUGUGGGAUAGCAAAUAGCGAAUUUUAAUUGCUGCACGGGCACGCUCCUAGUUAGCUAAUUAUUCGACAUGAAAAUACCUUUCAAUGCAGAUAAGGGUUAUUUAAACUGGAAUCAAAGUGUGGUGACAGAUAGUACC